CCCAGGGGAGGGGCUCCGGGCCAACGCUGCGGGGCGUCUCCCUCGCAGUCCCGCCCGCCCCUCCGGCCGCCUCUGCCGCCGCGCGCCGCAGCAGCGCCGCCUUCCCUGCGCAGUCGGUGUCUCAGCGUCGCUGGUGGGACUUGGCUCGUCUGCCAUGGGCAAGCAGAACAGCAAACUGAGGCCGGAGAUGCUACAGGAUCUGCGGGAGAACACGGAGUUCUCGGAGCUAGAGCUGCAGGAGUGGUACAAGGGCUUCCUCAAGGACUGCCCCACUGGCAUCCUCAACGUGGAUGAGUUCAAGAAGAUCUACGCCAACUUCUUCCCCUACGGCGACGCCUCCAAGUUCGCCGAGCAUGUCUUCCGCACUUUUGACACCAACAGCGAUGGCACCAUCGACUUCCGGGAGUUCAUCAUCGCUCUGAGCGUGACCUCGCGUGGCCGCCUGGAGCAGAAGCUCAUGUGGGCCUUCAGCAUGUACGACCUGGACGGCAAUGGCUACAUCAGCAGAGAGGAAAUGCUGGAGAUCGUGCAGGCCAUUUACAAGAUGGUUUCGUCCGUGAUGAAGAUGCCUGAGGACGAAUCGACCCCGGAAAAGAGGACUGAGAAAAUCUUCCGCCAAAUGGACACAAACAAUGACGGCAAGCUGUCACUGGAGGAGUUCAUCCGUGGGGCCAAAAGCGACCCGUCGAUCGUGCGACUGCUGCAGUGCGACCCCAGCAGCGCCUCCCAGUUCUGAGCUGGGGAGGAACCAGCUUGCAGCCUCCCUGCCUUCACCGGCCCUCCGCUUCCUCUCCCUCUCCUCCCAGGCUGGGGGCCAGACUGGGGACCCCUUUCUGGGGUCUGCACUGUGGGGGGCCUCUGGAGAAGCGAACCGGCAAGGAAAGGGCUAAGCGAGACAGCCGUUAGCAUCCACGGCCCUAGAGACAGAAUCUCCCUUAGUGGACUGAGAUGACCCUCUGGUUGGUCUGUCCCUGUUCUGUAUUCUUUAUUCAGACAGCUGGGCCACCUUCCACCCACAGCCCCGAGACCCUUCCACAAAGCGGGGGGUGGGGGAAGUUCCCCUUGGGUGGCCCUCAGCUUGGAGGGAGGUGGGGGAGACAGAGGGUUGAUUCUUGGGCCGUGGGGCUUUGAGGAAGUUCCCGAACUACUUCCCAGCAGAAGACUACUUUCUGUUCCUGAGUUUGCUGGCUGGAGGCCAUGGUAAAACAGAUCUCCCAGGAUUCCAGCUGGGGGUCCCCAAACCCAGCCUGCCUCUUAGCAUUUGGAUGACCACAGAUUUAACUCCUCUGUAUUCUGUAUUUCACCCUCCUUCAUCCACUCACAAGCACACACACACAGACACACACACACACACACACACACACACACACGCAUGCACGCACGCACGCACACAUGCACGCACGCAGAGUCCCUCCACAGCAUUCUGUGUGGGAAAGAAGUGCAGGCCCCUGGCAAAGCCCUCAUCUCCCUCUGCAUGCAGCACAUGGAGCUUCUCUGUUCUUUUUAUUAUCUUCAAAAUAAAGUCUUGUUUCAGUGCA